AAGAUAAAAAGAAAAGUGGUGAAGAACAGGUUAAGAAUGAGUUUGCACUCAAUAAAAUAGUGGAGAAAAUUAAACUGAAUGAAAGUGGUGAAUGUGAGAUCAGUCUUUCAAUUCGAAUUCCAG